CUUGGCUGAAGAGGAAAUAAAGGCCGAGCAGGACGUGGUGGAGGGGAUGGAUAUCUCCACUCGAUCCAAAGGGAUAAAGGUUGAAAGGGAAAUAGACAGCGCAAGGCUGUUACCAGUGUCCAAUGAGCAGAAUAUACCUGUGAAUGUAAUCGGGACAUCCUAGAGUUCUGCAAUCCAUCUAUUACGUGUUCAAGUCUGCUCUGGUUAGGAUUAGAAAAAUCAUGAAAAGUAAUAAAAAUCCUGGCUCUGCUGAACGAACAGCACAAAAAAGAAAGUUUCCUAGCCCUCCACACUCUUCCAAUGGCCACUCCCCACAAGAUGCAUCAACAAGUCCUAUUAAAAAGAAAAAGAAACCUGGCUUAUUGAACAGUAAUAAUAAAGAGCAGUCAGAACUAAGACAUGGUCCGUUUUACUAUAUGAAGCAGCCACUCACCACAGACCCUGUUGAUGUUGUACCACAGGAUGGACGGAAUGAUUUCUAUUGCUGGGUUUGUCAUCGGGAAGGCCAAGUCCUCUGCUGUGAACUCUGUCCUCGAGUUUAUCAUGCUAAGUGUCUGAAACUGACAGCGGAACCAGAGGGGGAUUGGUUUUGCCCAGAAUGUGAGAAAAUUACUGUAGCAGAAUGCAUAGAAACGCAGAGUAAAGCUAUGACAAUGCUCACCAUUGAACAGCUAUCAUACUUGCUCAAGUUUGCACUACAGAAAAUGAAACAGCCAGGGACAGAGCCAUUUCAAAAGCCAGUUUCACUGGAUCAGCACCCAGAUUAUGCAGAAUAUAUCUUUCAUCCAAUGGACCUUUGUACAUUAGAAAAGAAUGUUAAAAAAAAAAUGUAUGGUUGCACUGAAGCAUUUUUGGCUGAUGCCAAAUGGAUUUUGCACAACUGCAUUAUUUACAAUGGGGGAAAUCACAAAUUGACACAAACAGCAAAAGUUAUAAUCAAAAUCUGUGAGCAUGAGAUGAACGAAAUUGAAGUGUGUCCAGAAUGUUAUUUAGCUGCUUGCCAAAAAAGAGAAAACUGGUUUUGUGAGCCUUGUAGCAAUCCACAUCCUUUGGUCUGGGCGAAACUCAAAGGCUUUCCAUUCUGGCCUGCUAAAGCACUGAGGGAUAAAGAUGGGCAAGUCGAUGCCCGUUUCUUUGGCCAACAUGACAGGGCCUGGGUUCCAAUAAAUAAUUGCUACCUCAUGUCUAAAGAAAUUCCUUUUUCUGUGAAAAAGACUAAAAGCAUCUUCAACAGUGCAAUGCAAGAGAUGGAGGUUUAUGUUGAUAACAUUCGUAGAAAAUUUGGAGUAUUUAAUUACGCACCUUUCCGGACACCAUAUACUCCCAAUAAUCAAUACCAAAUGUUGUUAGACCCUGCAAACCCAUCUGCUGGAACUGCAAAGACAGACAAGCAAGAGAAAAUCAAACUGAACUUCGACAUGACAGCAUCACCCAAGAUUCUCAUGAGCAAACCUAUGCUAAGCAGUAGCACUGGUCGAAGAAUUUCCUUGACAGACAUGCCACGGUCACCAAUGAGUACAAACUCAUCAGUUCACACUGGAUCUGAUGUUGAACAGGAUGCAGAGAAAAAAGCAAGCUCCAGCCACUUUAGUGCAAGUGAAGAGUCCAUGGACUUUAUUGACAAGAGUACAGCUUCUCCGGCACCAACAAGGACAGGCCAAGCAGGGAGCGUAUCAGGCAGCCCAAAACCUUUCUCUCCUCAAGCCUCAACACCUAUUGCUGCUAAGCAAGAAAGAACUUCCACUCCGGGAAGCAUUCUGAAUCUUAACCUUGAUCGCAGCAAAGCUGAGAUGGAUCUAAAAGAGUUGAGUGAAUCAGUUCAGCAGCAGUCCACACCUGUGCCACUAAUUUCACCAAAGCGACAGAUUCGCAGCAGGUUUCAGCUUAAUCUUGAUAAGACAAUAGAGAGUUGCAAAGCACAGCUAGGAAUAAAUGAAAUCUCUGAGGAUGUUUACACUGCAGUGGAACACAGUGACUCUGAGGAUUCUGAAAAAUCAGACACCAGUGACAGCGAGUAUAUCACUGAUGAAGAUCAGAAAUCAAAGAAUGAUCAAGAAGAUGGAGAGGAUAAGGAAAGUGGAAGAAGUGACAAAGAGUCACUGACCAUGAAAAAAAAACCUAAAACACCAGCUCAGGUUGAAGACAAAGAAGAGCUUAAAAGCACAAGUCCAUCAGCAGAGAAAACAGAUGUUCCAGUUAAAGAAAAGGCAAAUACAGACUCUGAAAAAGAGUUUUCUGAAAAGGGAAAAAGUUUGCAGCAUCCUGCAAAGGAAAAACUGAAAGGUAAAGAUGAGACAGACUCUCCAACAGUGCAUCUGGGUCUAGACUCUGAUUCAGAGAGUGAACUUGUCAUCGAUCUAGGGGAGGAUCAUUGUGGGCGUGAAGGAAGGAAAAAUAAGAAAGAACCUAAGGAACCACCCCCUAAACAAGAUGUUGCAGGUAAAAUUCCACCUUCUUCUAAUGCAAGCAACCCACCUCCUCCCUCUGAAAGUCCUGUGCUUACCCGCUCUGCAGCACAAACUCCACCAGCUGGUGUCACAGCUACUACUAGUGCUACUUCUACUGUCAGUGCUCCAGCUGCAGCUACGGGCAGUCCUGUGAAAAAGCAGAGGCCACUUUUACCUAAGGAAACAGCCCCUGCUGUACAGCGAGUAGUGUGGAAUUCAUCAAAUAAAUUUCAAACAUCGUCUCAGAAGUGGCACAUGCAAAAGGUGCAGAGGCAGCAGCAACAGCAGCAGAGCCAGCAGUCUCAGUCACAGCAACCUCAGUCCUCUCAAGGGACAAGAUAUCAGACGAGACAGGCAGUUAAAGCUGUACAGCAAAAAGAGAUCACUCAGAGCACUUCCACAUCAACUAUCACCUUGGUUACAAGUACUCAGCCUGUUUCUAUGGUUACCAGUUCUGGAUCUGCAAGUACGCUUUCUUCUUCAGUUAAUACAGACUUGCCAAUAGCAACGGCUUCAGCUGAUGUGGCUGCAGAUAUUGCUAAGUACACUAGCAAAAUGAUGGAUGCAAUAAAAGGAACAAUGACUGAAAUAUACAAUGAUCUUUCAAAAAAUACCACUGGAAGUACAAUAGCUGAGAUUCGUCGUUUGAGGAUUGAGAUAGAGAAACUUCAGUGGUUACAUCAGCAGGAACUCUCAGAAAUGAAACACAAUCUAGAAUUGACAAUGGCUGAGAUGCGACAAAGUCUAGAGCAGGAACGGGAUCGUUUGAUUGCUGAAGUAAAGAAGCAGCUAGAGAUGGAGAAGCAGCAAGCAGUGGAUGAAACCAAGAAGAAGCAGUGGUGUGCCAACUGCAAGAAAGAGGCAAUUUUCUACUGCUGUUGGAAUACUAGCUACUGUGAUUAUCCCUGCCAGCAAGCUCACUGGCCAGAGCAUAUGAAAUCUUGCACACAGUCAGCAACUGCAACACAACAAGAAACAGAUCCUGAAAUUAGCACAGAAACAUUAAAUAAAUCAACCCAGCCCAGCUCCAGUGCACAGCCUACACCCACAGAAACAGCCAGCACCCCAAAGGAAAAGGAGAGUGCAGCUGAUAAAAGCAAAGAGAGUGUUACAAUAGCAACAGGUGUGACAAGCAACCAGCCUAUAAAACUGGUCCAGGUACCACAGACCACCUAUAUUCCAACUACUCAACCCACAAUUACCAUUCCUGUAGUGGUAAGUCCUUCUGCUGGGACAGUGGCAAUGAGAACUGGAGUUCAGUAUGUUCAGACCACAAUGCCAGUCCAAGUACGAAGAGUCUAACUACUAACAAGAAGUCCAGGCGACUAUUGGAAUAAAUAACUAAUAAAAAUCUGUCUAAUAGAAAUGUGAAAAAUAAACACAGUUCUUUGGAUUAACCUCAAAGGUUCAGACUUUAGCUUUGUAUAUGUGUACAAAGCAUUAACUACACUACAUUAAUGUAAAGCAUUAGCGCUGGCUUUAAAAAGCUGAGGACAGGUAAGAUCCAUGUUAAAUCUAUGCUUCUUUUGUGUAAAUAAUGUACAAUUUGUGGAUGUCAUUAAAGUUAGAGUACCAUCUCCUUUUUAUAUUUGUAUUGACUUUAACUUAUAAAGAGUGUUUGAAGUUGGUAAAGGAAGGAUUAAACAGCCUUAUCAUGAGCUAACAUUGAAAACUGGUCUUGGGAAACUGCAGUUACACACAGAAUCCAUUUAUUGUUCGGUAAGAGCAUCUAAAUUUUUUUUAAUUUACAUCUGGGAAUACACAGUUUCUGCACCUUGAAACUCAAUUAAAAUUUCUUUUUGUGCAACAAAAUGGAGAAAUGUACCUUUUAAAAUUAUUUUUAUUAGGCAGAUUAUGAAGUUUCCAAUCAGUGGAUGUAAAAAACACAUGAAAAGGGUAUUUGUGUUUUUCUUGUUUUGUUUUUACAGUGACCAGACUGUUAAAAUGACAUUGUUUACAGGAAAAAAGGUUAACUCUCAUUCAGUCUAAUAGCAAAAACCUUGAAAGAAUAACACCAAUUGGUUGGUAACAUGAUUCCUAAUCAGUGGUAUCAGAGAUGAGAAAAAUGGAAUUUUUUUUAUGCUUCAUAGUUCAGUUGUUUUGUUUUGUUUUUUUUUAAUCCUCUUUAAAGGACUUUGAAAUGGUUUUCAAAUGGAAAAAGAACUUGAUGUGGAAAAGACUGUGUAUCAGGAAAAAUGAGCAAAGGACUUUUGAUGCUGGGCUAGAGCAUGUAUUAUUUAUACGAUGGAAUUUAUGUUUUUAUGUAAGCAUGAAACAGUACAGUAUGAGAGAAAGUAACCCAUGAAAAUGCUGUCUGUUACUCUUAUACUGUAGUACCAUUUUGUAUGUUGUGUAAAACCGAAAGCAUUGAACAAAGCAAAGGUGAUGUAUGUAUAUGAGAAAAUUAAUUGUAUGAUAUCAUUCCAGUACAUUUUGUUGUACAUUUUAGUCAUGUUGAUUUCUCCCAUUGUUUAUAAAAGGAUGCGAUUUGUACAGUCUCCAGCUAGUACCCACAUUAGAGGAAAAAAAAGUAUUAGAAGAAAAAAAUUGAGAACAGAAUAUUCGUGAAUUGCAGUUGUGUCAAAAAUAGCCUAGCUGGCCUUAUUUGUGAAGCAUAAUUGCUUUUAGCAUAUGGAAGUAUUUUUUCACAUUUUCUUUGUAUAAAAUUUGUAUUAAACUUAAAUAUCUUUUUUGA